AUGGCACCACCCACACCAGUACUAAUACAAGAAGAUCUUCAAAGAGUAUAUAACUUGAAUCAAAAAUUAUCAGAUGCUAAAUGUUCAUUAAAAUCAAUAACACAAUAUGAAUGUACAUUUAAUGGAGGAUUAGUUAAUUGUUAUCCAUUCAAAAGAUUAUUUCAAGAUUGUUUAAUGAAGGAUGGUAAAAAGCAAAGAGUAGAGAUCACUACUAUGGAGACUAACGCUAAAGAGAAACAACAAAUUAAUGAAGCAAAGAAGUUCUUGAAUGCUGAAUCUCAGAUACGACAAUUGUAUGAAUUAGAACAAAGUGAAUAA